AUGGCGUCCACCAUGCCGAUCCCAGUCCCGCCGCGGACGCCCACGCCGCCUCCUGAGGAUCCAUGCAAGCCCGUUGGCCUGGGACUGCCCGACGCCCAGCUCGAGCGCGAUGCACUGUCGCCCAUGUCUGCCACUUUCCCGUCGCAGAGCUUCGGUGCUCUGAGUCCGUCGUCGGCCAACCUCAGCCCGCGCACCCCCGCCUCUGCAUACUACACGCCGCAGAUGACGGCCGCCUCGGAAGCGUCGACGCCGCAGACGGCGCCGUCGGAUACGCCCAAGAACCCGUUCAACUUCCAGCCGCAGCAGUAUGUCGUGGGAAAGCCGUCCCCGAAGCCGUCGGACAUUGGCCGCCGUCGUGGCCACAAGUACAAGCACAGCAGCGUCUCGCACCAGAUCUUCCUCGAGCCCGCGCCCCGCGCCCCUCUACAAGUCCCCGCAUCGCUACCGCUGCCCAAUUGGUCCGAGAUCCGAAGCAGCAUGACGCCGGAGCAAAAGAUGCGCGCCGUGUGGUGCGUCUGCCACUUGCUGGUUGGCGGUUACGUCAAAUAUAGCGCGCAGGGUUCAACCGCCAUGACGGCCCUGUCGCAUCUCAUGUUCUACGAUUUCGUUGGCGCAACCGUGUGCUGCAUCGCCGACAUUGGGAGCAACUUUGAGUGCUGGAGACGGACAAGUCUGAAACGACCGUUUGGAUUUGAGCGUUUUGAAGUGCUGACCGGCCUUGCCAUGGCCGUGAUACUUAUUUUUACAGGCUUCGAUCUGGUCAGCCACAAUCUGCAGCACGCGCUGGAGAACAGCGGUGGGCAUGAGGCGCAUCACCCGCACGUCCACGAGCGUGUGUCGGCAGGCAGCGUGGAUACGGCGGCGCUGGCGGCCAUCGUUGCCACGCUGAUCUCGGCCAUUGGGCUGAAGAACCACGAGCGCAUCAGCAAGGUGAUGCGCUUCGCCUACCUAGAGUCGCUCCCGUCGGUGCUCAGUAACCCGUCGCAUUUCCUCACCUUGUCGUGCUCUAGCUUGCUUUUGCUGCUGCCCCUCCUGUCGAUUGACAUGUACAUCUGGCUGGACCGGUCCAUCACCGCCUUCAUUGCCAUUUCCAUGAUGCUGUUGGGCUGGCGCCUCGGCUGGUCCCUGGGCCGCAUAUUGAUGAUGUCCUACUCCGGGCCGGGGCUGGAGAGCCUGCUGCGGGUCAUCGAAGCCGAUCCCGCAGUGUCGUCGGUCGAGGAAGCGAAGGUGUGGCAGGUGCACUAUGGGCUGUGCCAGGCCAACUUCAAGCUGCGCGUACGCAGCCUCGACGACAUGGCCAAGCUGCGGGACCGCAUCCAGAGCCUCGUGCGCAACAAGCUCGCCGGCGGCUACGGCCGUGGAGGCGAGAAGUGGGAGGUUAGCACGCAGCUCACCCUGGACAAGGAUUGA